AAGUUGCUCGCCUCUCAACGAGAUCACCACAGGAAAGCGUAGAUUCCCUCUAGCCAGAUUGCACGUUUCAAGCCUUUGACACAAAUGCCACUGCCACGGCAACUGCUGCUGCGCUCCGUGGCUGGAGGCCGGCCAUUGCAUCUGAACAGAUGGCCCACAAGAGCAGGAAUGGCGACACUCACCGAAGUGUCGGAAAAGUAUCAGCCAGGUCACGUCGUUCAUGGAUUCAAAGUUCAAAACGUUCGCAAAGUGCCCGAGUUUGACUUGACCGCCAUUCAACUCAAGCAUGAAAAGACGGGGGCUGGCUAUUUGCAUGUUUUUAAGGACGAUUCGAACAAUGUAUUCAACGUUGGAUUUCACACUCCUGUGAAUGAUAGCACGGGAGUGCCGCAUAUUCUGGAGCAUACAACCCUCUGCGGUAGCAAGCGCUUCCCCGUCCGUGACCCAUUUUUCAAAAUGCUGAACCGGAGUAUGGCAACGUUCAUGAAUGCUUUGACGGGGAACGACUAUACCAUGUAUCCCUUUUCUACCGAGAACCCUGUAGAUUUUCGCAACCUCAUGGAUGUAUAUAUGGAUUCCACCUUUGCGCCACUGUUGAGAGAGCUAGACUUUAAACAAGAAGGGUGGCGGCUGGAACAUGAAGAUCCUAAAGAUCCUUCCACUCCCAUCAUAUUUAAGGGAGUCGUAUACAACGAGAUGAAGGGAGUUCUUUCGGACGUAGGAAGCCUAUUCGCGAUCCGGGCUCAGCAACACUUCUAUCCUGGAACAACAUAUAGUCAUGUGAGCGGCGGAGAUCCAAUGGCUAUCACGGAUCUAACUCAUUCACAGUUGGUCGAAUUCCAUAAAACGCACUAUCAUCCGAGUAAUGCACGGUUUUUUACCUACGGCACAUUCCCGUUAGAAGAACAUUUGAAAGCUAUUGACGACCGGAUCGCGCGAUUUGCACCGAUCCCGCCACCUCAGGAUCCGGAAAUGAAAUCGUUUGCAGAACCCAAACGCAUUCGUGUGACUUGUCCUCCAGACCCAAUGGGUGAGCCGGACAAACAAACCAAAAUGGCAGUAGCCUUUCUGUCGAACAAGGACACAGACGUCUUUGAGUCGUUUGCGAUGAGGGUCCUGACAUCGCUUCUUAUGGACGGUGCCGCGUCUCCUAUGUUUAAGGCACUGAUAGAACCGAAUAUAGGGUCGGACUACUCUGUAACCACUGGAUACAACCAGCAUACAAAAAUGACGAAUGUGUCAUUUGGGCUGCAGGGGAUCAGGUCUGAGGAUGUGGACAUGGUCGAGGGGAAAAUUAUGGACGUCCUUAGAGAUGCUGCUCGUACGGGUUUCGAUCCAGAAAGGGUGGAGAGCAUUAUUCAUCAGACGGAGCUUGGCCUCAAGCAUCGGAAUGCGAACUUCGGAAUGAUGGUGGGACAACAAGUUAUGAGCCACUGGGUGCAUGGGGGUGAUCCAUUGGAAUUUUUGGAGGUCGCAAAGCACAUCCAGCAGCUCCGCGCUUCUCUUGCAAAACCCAAAUUUUUCGAAUCGAUGAUUGAAAAAUAUUUUUUGAACAAUCAACAUCGCAUGGUAUUCAUAAUGGAACCUGAUGAGAGAUUCAGCGAGGAACUGGCGGAGACAGAACGGAAAAAAUUGGACAAAAUGGUCAAUAAUUUGAGUCCAACAGAAAAGCAAAAGAUCUUGGAAGAUGGCGUCAAGUUGACGCGGAGCCAGGAGGCGACCGAGGAUGUGUCAUCUCUACCUACCCUAACAAUUGCUGAUAUUGCACAGGAAGGAAAGCAGUAUCCCGUGGUAGACGCACCUGUCGGAUCCAGCGCGUUCCCGGUGCAAUGGCGAACGACAGCCACAAACGGUGUGUCAUAUGUAUCAAUCGUAAAAGCCAUUGAAAAACUUCCUCAGGAACUCAAAGAGUAUCUGCCACUCUUCUCCAGCUCCCUUCCGUCCAUUGGGACACAAAGAAAAUCUCUUCCGGUUCUCGAUGAAGCCGUUCGUAUGUUUACGGGGGGAAUCUCAGCGGCAGUCUCCAUCAGAACCGAUCCUGCCUCCCUGUCCGAGGCUCGCGCCUCUCUAACCCUUUCCUCCUCGUGCCUUGAUAAAAACAUUUCUCCUAUGUAUGAGUUGAUGUCGGAAAUCGCUUCUGAGGCUGCCUGGGAGGACUUGGAACGGCUGCGUACAGUGGUUCUAACAGCAGCGAGCGACGCCAGCCAGGGUGUCGUACAAAGCGGGCAUCGUUAUGCAAUGUUGGCGGCUGGUGCAGAAGUCACCAAGGCAAUGAACCAGUCAGAAGUUUUGGGGGGUUUGACUCAAGUAGGAUUUUUGGGACGGCUUGCGAGGAAUGGCGUAGAUAGCAUUCAGCAAAUAUCUGAAAAAUUGCAGGAAAUUGCCAACUUCAUUGCUAAAGAACAGACAUCCUCGAAGGGAGCUGUUAUUACAGUGGACAGCGCUCGGGACGCUCAUCAGCAAGGCAUAAGUCGUCUUGUGGAUACGUUGGGUUGGCAGGGAACUCGUGCAAAUCGUUCUGGGACAUCUGAAGAGUAUGUGCCGACUUAUGGACGUACAUUUGUACCUCUCCCUGUGGCGGUCAACUUCAGCGCCAAAAGCUACUUGGGAGUACCAUACACGCAUCCCGAUUCGGCAGCCUUGCAGGUACUCGCUUCGCUUAUGACGCACCGCUUCCUUCACCGUGAAAUCCGCGAAAAAGGUGGCGCAUACGGUGGAGGGGCUUCAUACUCGAACCUUGAUGGCACCCUUUCAUUCUGGUCCUACCGGGAUCCCGCGGGUGGCUUGGAGAGAACUCUUCAGGCUUAUGAUAGAGCCGUGGAAUGGGCGCUGGAUAUCAACCGGCAUCUAGGCCAGCAAGAGCUGGACGAGGCCAAGCUCUCGAUAUUUCAGAAUGUUGAUGCUCCUAUCAGUGCUGCUGGAGAGGGCAUGCUUCGCUUCCGAACCGGCAUUACAUUUGAGAUGCAACAGGCACGACGGGAGCGCCUCUUUGCUGUUACGUUGUCCGAUGUGAAAGAUGCUGCAGCUAAAUACCUUGCUCAACGCCCUAGUGCUGUUGCAGUGCUGGGUGGCGAAGAGGAGGGCAACCGGCUAAUUCAAAACUCGCAGAAGGAAUGGAAGGUUGUCAACUUUGCGGCGUAGAGAUAGACUUGAAAUAAUCGCUGGGUGCAAUUCUGGCUAUAUAGUACCUAUCUAGCAUCCUUAUUGCAGCGUAGUAUCUAUUUAUUCCACAUAUUGUAACAUAUCUACAAUUCUUAACCCAAUGAAUCUGUCACCAAUUUGACGUAUGGAUGUGCUUGAUCGAGUCCCCGCAAAACUUUAUUCGCUU